UACCCGAUAAGCAGCAGCUGUGGAAUUCCGCUGCCAGUAGUUUGGGGUACAGUUCGGGGUGGACAUCUCUCCCUCGCAGUGCUUCCAGGCUUUAAAAACGUAUAUUAAAGAUGUGUUUCAAGACUGUGUCAUAAGACUGAGGUCUUAGGGAGUAUAUCAAGAUGCGAGCCUGGAGAUUGUUAGCGAAGAGGUCGGUAAUGACCUCGGUGAGUGGUGGAGCACCCUGGGGGUUAAAUGCCGCUGACCUCCUGCAGAAUAUUCUGAGAGUGCCACAUUACCAUCACUAUAUUCGGCAUGUUUCACAGUGCCAGACGAUACAGGAAGAGCCACACUGCAGUAACAACGACAAGGUCAUCCCGCCUGGGGAUCCAUGCUCUGUGCACGACACCCAUUACCUGGAAGCCUACAACUUGAUGGAGGAGAACGCAGACAUGAUCUUCGAGCCGGAGAACAUGUUGAAGGAGAGGAGUUACGAUGGUGAAGCAGUGCCUGAGGACUCCAGCCUUCCUAUGCCUGCCUCUAUGAUCCCAGGGCCGCGUGCCUGGCCAAUCGUCGGCUGCCUCCCAUAUAUGCUUGGGCACAAGGCCUUCGACCCCCAGAGGGUGUACCUGUUCUGGGAGGCUGUACGGCAGGAGUUCGGCCCCACCUUCAGAAAGGACAUGCCAGGUCACUCUUGCCUGGUGUUCAUCUCCCGGCCAGAGGACCUGGAAUCGCUGUUCCGUUCCACCAUGUACGACCCCGUCAGGCCUGGCAUGACCUCCCUCAAGAAGAUCCGCAGUGAGGGCGGCGCUGACGGCCACACUCACAUCCACGACACCAUCUUCAGGGGCAGAGCAGGCAUAUUAGCUGAGCAGGGCGAGGAAUGGUGGCGUGUGAGGAGGCGGGUGCAACGUCCCCUUAUUGAUGCUACCAUUAUCCACAGCUACUUACCUCAAAUGGACCAGGUGGCCAUGGAGUUUGUUGAGAGGAUUCGCUACUUGAGAGACGAAAAAGAUGAAAUGCCAGAGAGUUUCAAUACUGAGUUGCACAAGUGGGCUUUAGAGUCUCUGGGCACCAUCACCUUGGAACGUCGUCUGGGCUGCCUGCAGGAGGACGCCUCCACGCUGCCCAGUCGUCCGUUGCGCCUAGUCGUGUUGGUCAAACAGCUGCUGGGGGCGCUGCACCACACUGAAAACUUGAAGUUGUGGCAGUACUUCCCCACCACCUCCAUCAAGAGGCUCCAGGAGGCCCAUCAGGUCUUCACCGACGUGGCUCUGGAGGCCAUACGUGAUACUGAGAGGUUGUUGGCUACCAGAGGCCGUAGUGCCUCCAGCAGUGUCACCGCUUCCUCCUGCCCUCUCCACCACCACCAGAAAGGUGAUGAGACAUCCAGCUUCUUGGAGACUCUACUGAGGAUUCCAGGACUCUCCCGGGAGGACGUCCUCACAUUCCUCUUGGAUAUGAUCUUUACGGGCAUUGAUACGACGAGUCACGCGGUGGGUAAUAUGCUGUACCUGCUGGCUAGGAACCCUCAGGAACAGCAGAAGGUGCAGCAAGAAAUCGAUAAGAUGGUGGGCCGUCCCCGCCACCUAACCCCGGAUCACCUAGCCGCACUCACCUACACCAAGGCUGUCUUCAGGGAGACACUCAGGAUGAUGCCUGUCAGCAUUGGGAUCGUCAGACGCCUCAACCGAGACACUAUACUGGGAGGAUACAGGAUUCCUGCUGGGUAACCCUCAAGAAAUCCAUCAGUCUCACCCUGUCGACUACCCUUUCCCUUCGCUGGCUGAAAGCUGACUGCCUCCAUUUCCCAGGAGCUGUAUGAUCCCUAAGGGUAUAAGAACAUAAGAACAUAAGAACGAAGGAACACUGCAGAAGGCCUACUGGCCCAUGCGAGGCAGGUCCAAGUCUCCUACCGGCUUAAGCCAAUGCACCCAACCUAGUCAGGUCAGGUCACAUUGACUUAAGGGAGGAACACGGCAACCGACCUGGUAGCACAAGCUGUCAGGUCCAACUCACACCCACCCACAUCCACUCAUGUAUUUAUCUAACCUAUUUUUAAAGCUACACAACGUUGUGGCCUCUAUAACUGUACUCGGGAGUUUGUUCCACUCAUCCACAACUCUAUUACCAAAACCAGUACUUUCCUAUAUCCUUCCUGAAUCUGAAUUUUUCCAACUUAAAACUAUUGCUGCGAGUCCUGUCUAGGCUAGAUAUAUUCAGCACACUAUUUACAUCCCCUUUAUUUAUUCCUGUCUUCCAUUUAUACACCUCAAUCAUAUCCCCCCUAAUUCUACGUCUUUCUAGAGAGUGCAGAUUCAGGGCCCUUUGUCUAGCCUCAAAUUGUUAAUAAAUAAAUAAAUAAAUAGGGAAGGUUUCUGAUACAUGGGAUCAACUUUGUCAUCCUCCUUUGUACAUUUUCCAGAGAAUUUUAUAUCCAUCCUGUAAUACGGUGACCAAAACUGUGCAGCAUAAUCUAAAUGAGGCCUAACCAAGGAUGUAUAGAGUUGAAGAACAACCUGAGGACUCCUAUUAUUUAUGCUUCUUGAUAUGAAGCCAAGGAUUCUAUUAGCUUUAUUGCGAACACUUAUGCACUGUUAUCUUGGUUUCAGAUUACUGCUAACCAGAACUCCUAAAUCUUUUUCCCAAUCCGUAAUAUUAAGAUCUACAUUAUUUAGUUUAUAUGUGGCAUGGUUAUUGUCCUGUCCAACAUUUAGAACUUUGCAUUUGUCUAUAUUAAACUGCAUCUGCCACUUCUCCGACCACUGCAUCAGUCUAUUCAAAUCUUCCUGGAGUGCUCGAAUGUCCUCGUCAGAAUGAAUUCGACGGGCUAUUUUGGUGUUAUCGGCAAACUUGCCGAUGUCGCUCUUUAUGCCCUCAUCUAUGUCGUUUAUGUAGCGCUUCCCUCCUAUUUUUUUCAUCACCCCUUUCGCCCCAAUGUUUUUUACCCUCUUCCUCCCUCGCACAAUCACCGCAUCUCUUCCUCCCACCAUCCCUUAAUCACUCUAAUCUAAUUUAUGCGCAAAUAACCCGCACAUAGAAGAGAGGAGCUUACGGCGACGUUUCGGU